AUGUCUGAGUCGGGGGAGAUUAGUGAAUUUGGCUACAUCAUGGAAUUAUUAGCCAGAGGCAAGGUGACCAUUAAGAAUAUCGAAAGAGAGCUCAUUUGCCCGGCAUGCAAGGAGCUGUUCACCCACCCGCUGAUUCUCCCUUGUCAGCACAGCAUCUGUCAUAAAUGCGUGAAGGAGCUCUUACUGAUGCUUGAUGAUUCGUUCAAUGACGUGGGGUCUGACAACUCCAAUCAGAGCAGUCCUCGACUUCGGCUUCCCUCCCCUAGCGUGGAUAAAAUUGACCGAAUUAGCAGACCAGGUCAUAAGAAGAUAUUAAAUGGCUGGAAGCGCAAUUCACUGACCCCUAGGACAACCACUUUUCCUUGUCCUGGCUGUGAGCAUGAUGUGGAUCUUGGAGAGCGGGGAAUCAAUGGUCUGUUUCGAAAUUUCACUUUGGAAACUAUUGUUGAAAGAUAUCGGCAGGCAGCCAGGGCAGCCACAGCCAUUAUGUGUGACCUUUGUAAGCCACCACCUCAAGAAUCCACAAAAAGUUGCAUGGACUGCAGUGCAAGCUACUGCAAUGAAUGCUUCAAAAUUUACCAUCCUUGGGGCACUGUAAAAGCGCAGCAUGAGUAUGUGGGUCCAACUACGAACUUCAGACCCAAGAUUUUGAUGUGCCCAGAGCAUGAAACAGAGAGGAUAAACAUGUACUGUGAAUUGUGCAGGAGGCCAGUCUGUCAUCUCUGUAAGUUGGGUGGGAAUCAUUCCAAUCACCGCGUAACCACCAUGAGCAGUGCCUACAAAACCUUAAAGGAGAAGCUUUCAAAGGAUAUUGAUUACCUUAUUGGCAAGGAGAGCCAGGUGAAGAGUCAAAUUUCUGAGCUAAACUUGUUGAUGAAAGAAACAGAGUGUAACGGAGAGCGGGCUAAAGAAGAUGCAAUUACACAUUUUGAAAAGCUCUUUGAAAUCCUAGAAGAGAGAAAAUCAUCUGUUUUGAAGGCAAUUGAUGCUUCUAAGAAACUAAGAUUAGACAAAUUUCAGACUCAAAUGGAAGAGUACCAGGGGCUGCUGGAGAACAGUGGGCUCGUGGGGUACGCUCAGGAGGUGCUGAAGGAGACGGAUCAGUCUUGCUUUGUCCAGACGGCAAAGCAGCUCCACGUCAGAAUACAGAAAGCUACAGAGUCUUUGAAGAGCUUUAGACCUGCGGCUCAAACUUCCUUUGAAGACUAUGUUGUUAACACAUCUAAACAAACAGAACUUCUUGGAGAAUUAUCUUUUUUCUCAAGUGGUGUAGAUGUGCCAGAGAUCAAUGAGGAACAGAGCAAAGUUUAUAACAAUGCUUUGAUAAAUUGGCACCAUCCAGAAAAGGAUAAAGCUGAUAGCUAUGUCCUUGAAUAUCGCAAGAUUAAUCGAGAUGAAGAAAUGUUGUCUUGGAAUGAGAUAGAAGUUUGUGGCACAAGUAAAGUUAUUUCUGAUCUUGAGAGUAAUUGUAACUAUGCUUUCAGAGUAAGAGCCUACAAGGGUUCCAUCUGCAGUCCUUGCAGCAGAGAACUGAUUCUUCAUACUCCUCCAGCUCCAGUUUUCAGUUUCCUCUUUGAUGAAAAAUGCGGUUAUAAUAAUGAACACCUCCUGCUGAACUUGAAGAGAGACCGUGUGGAGAGCAGAGCUGGAUUUAACCUCCUGCUUGCUGCGGAGCGGAUCCAAGUGGGUUAUUACACCAGCUUAGACUACAUCAUUGGAGAUGUUGGGAUUACUAAAGGGAAGCACUUUUGGGCCUUCCGUGUGGAGCCGUAUUCGUACCUGGUGAAAGCGGGCGUCGCUUCCAGUGACAAACUGCAAGAAUGGCUCCGGUCUCCCCGGGACGCAGUUAGUCCAAGGUACGAGCAGGACAGCGGGCACGACAGCGGCAGCGAGGACGCCUGUGUUGAUUCUUCGCAGCCCUUUACGUUGGUUACUGUAGGUAUGAAGAAAGUCUUUAUUCCCAAGUCACCUACUUCCAACGAACCUGAAAAUAGAGUCCUUCCCAUGCCAACAAGCAUAGGAGUUUUCCUCGACUGUGAUAAAGGCAAAGUGGCUUUCUAUGACAUGGAUCACAUGAAAUGCCUCUACGAGCGCCAGGUGGACUGCUCCCAUAUGAUGUAUCCAGCGUUUGCCUUGAUGGGCAGUGGAGGAGUCCAGCUCGAAGAAUCCAUCUCAGCAAAGUACCUAGAAUACCAAGAGAACAUGUAG